AAUCCGAAAUAACUAUGAAGUUUUAGAGCUAAAUAUAGUCAAAAACAGCGUGCCAAAAAAGUGGAGCCAAAUUCGUCCAAGGAUAAAAGCUAUUGGAACAGAUCACAGAGUAACAGUUCCACCCUUUAUAAAAACCUUCGAUUUUCGGCGCAGAAAAAAUGCGCACGGUUGAGGCCUUACAUCGCUGCAUCACUGUCUCAUGUAUUUAAGAUAUAAAAUUCUUAACAUAUUUUCCUACUAUACUCAUGAAAAGUGAAGAUGCCCAAACAUACUGUAAGCUACCCAAGGAUAUUUUUGAAUCCUCAGCAGAUCCACUCAUGUCAGGAUAAUUCCAAAGAUCAUUUAACUUCAAUAAACAAUAUCUCGGUCACACUUCUCUCCCAUUUUUGGUGAAGAAUACUAGAAACUUUUCAGUCUUAAUCUGUAUUCAUUAUGAUGAAUGAACAAAUCAAGGCACAAUAAAAAUAUCUUCAUGUGGUGAACUCUGUGUACUACGACAGGUUUUAUACAAGUGCUGAAUUUUCAGAAAUACAAGUUUUGGUUGUCCAAUAUGGUAGGAGAUUUCUAACUAAGUAUUUACUAUGAUUAUUACAUUAUGAGUAGUCUCACCUUAAUUUUCUUCCAAGAGAUUUGAAUGUUACCGCCGCUGAACUUGUAGAAAUCUGCCGUAGUAACGUAGCGAGCUUACUUAUAUAACCUUCGGUCCUAGACCACAUGACUAUACAUGUAGUUAACCAAUUAAAAUACGCCGUACAGGCUUCUAACCAAUCAGCGACUUGUACGGUGGCAUCGGCUCCCACACAAUUUCCUACACAGAACUACUUUUUCCCGUACAGGCUACCGUACAAGCACGAAAGAAAUAUCAAUAAGUACCAAUAAUUAAGACUGAGUAACAUACAUUAAGACGCUCAAUUUGCUAAUCCAAACAAGUAAAUAAAUAUCACAAUAUCUCAUGCAUGUGGGUGAAACAUAAUCUGUCUAGUGUGCGUAUGAAUACAGUUACUAACAACGAUGCCGUAAACAAAUAUAGUUCCUUAAAAUAUGACUGGUUACAUGUAGUAUGUAAUAAAUAACAAUGAAUUUUCAACCUCAAAUUGUUAAAGAACAUUAAUUCAUAUGUCUAAAUGAUCCACAUAGUAAAUACUAUCUCACAACCAUGUAAAUAUCUUCGUCACCAAACCGGAAGUGACGAGUGAUACUGCACUCCUAAAAAGAUGAUGGCAGCCAAAACAUGAAAUGUAAAUAUCCACCUGACAUUCCCCAAUAUUAUUACUACUACUACCCGUCAUGAAACUAAAACUGGUAAUUAGAACAGGAAAUAUUCAAGGGAAUGCACAUAAGUACAUGAAAUGAUUCGAGAUUGCUCUAAACUCGUAAAUGAAUAACUUAACUAUUGGAACACAUGUUAACAUGAGACAUGUCAAAAUAUACGAGAUCACUUCUGAAGGAAUACAUCGUAAUGCACAAUACAAUGUCACUAAUUAUUAUUGAUCAAACAUGAUAAAAGUAGAAAACCAAGUAACAGGUUACAAUACCUUCAAAUAUUCAUUUAAGGGACAUGGACACGAUUUGAGCCGAAAAUUCUCAAAUUCUAUUUUUCCACAUUUAAUGUUUAAUGCUUCACUAACGUACUUCUAAUAGUUAACAAAAAAAAUUGAAUAUCAGUUGUCAGGGUACAUGAUAGAUACAGAGCUCACGAUUGUUUGUAAUGUAAACAAGGCGCAUGUCAUGUUUUUGUUUACAUGGGUUAAAUUUCACUUAAAGCAGGGUUUUUUUUUCAAUUCAAUUUAAUUAUGAAUACAAUUUUAAAACUUGUUUUUAGUGUUUAGCACAUCUCAUUUUCUUUUCCAUACUCAUACACCGGUUAGAAUAGGUCCUCAGUACCCCCUUGCUUGUCGUAAGAGGCGACUAAAUGGGGCGGUCCUUCGGAUGAGACCGCAAAAACCGAGGCCCCGGCGUGUCACAGCAGGUGUGGUACGAUAGAGAUCCCUCCCUGCUCAAUGGCCAUAAGCGCCGAGCAUAGGCCUAAAUUUUGCAGCCCUUCACCGGCAGUGGUGACGUCUCCAUAUGAGUGAAAUAUUCUCGAGAGGGAUGUUAAACAAUAUUCAAUCACUCAAUCCUUACUCAUACUCAAAUAUCCCUACAAAUAUUUCAGCGAAAUAUGUUGGAUGAAAUCACCCCAGUUUAGUUAAACAAAAAUCAUUCAAAUAGGUUUGAAUAUUGAACUAAAUUCACGGCGUUCAACUCUGAUUUUACACUUCACUAUUGUAAUGGAGUGCAAGGGACCAGACUAGACUUGUGUAGCAUUUUCAAUACUCGAGAGCUUAUUUUACAUUUAUAAAAUUAUAUAUUUUUCAAUAUUUACUAAUUAUUCUUGUUUAUGAUAAAUGAAGACUGAAUUCAUCACUCGUAUCGAAUAUUAUGAAUAGAUACAAAUAGCAACAGGGUUCAAAUUGACUGACUACCUAACAUGGCUACGUCAACAAACGAAAUCUAUUGAGGCUGUGAGUUUUCGGGAAUACAAGGCCUUAACCGUGCGCAUUUUUUUCUGCGCCGUAAAUCGAAAGUUUUUUAUAAGGGGUGGAUCAGUAGAUCUCUGGUCUGUCCCAAUUUUUUUCCGGAGAGCUACAGUUAUUCAGCUAACUAAAUAUAUGAAUGAUUGACAUGAAGUUUUAAUUGAUGUUUUCUUCUUGGUAUCUGGUGUUAAAGAAAAGGUAAUUUCUGUGGAUCUAUUAAGUAACUUUGUUUUGCAAAAUACUGAUUUACUACAUGUCUUUAAUCCCCUUUUUAUUGAGGCCAUGAGAAUGCAUUCAGCUGUAUCUUCCUGUAAAUUUAUUUUCCAAAUUUCAGUGUAAACGCAGUGUUUGAACUCUAUAGAGUGUAUUCUUGUUCCAUUUAUUUUUAAAUGCAGAUUUUAAAAAAAACCCUUUAUUUUAGACAAGUAAAACUAUACAAAAUGAUAUAUCAGGGACAAAAAUAAUAUUUUUUUAAAAAUGAAAUGAACUUCCCCUGCAACAGUCACUUACAAUUACAGUCAAAAUCAAAAUAUUAUUUUAAAUCAUUGGAAUGUAAAAGCACGAGUGGCUCUUUUUAUACAAUCCCUCUUUUUCACUCACGCGAAAAUGGAAUGUCGUCAAACUGUAGAAACAUAUCAUAUUGGUGGCUAUAUAUGAAUAAAAUGUAGAUAUUUGAAAUGCAGCCAAUGGUAGUUAUGAACCACUCACCUAUGAUAAGGUUUGUACUGAACCGUCAAAUGCGUUUGUGCACUAAUUUGAUCCAUUACAUUCAUUUUUAUACGGGAGUUUCACCAAAACUCUUGUGCAGUUUCUUUGCAUUUGAUAACCCUUUGCUUCCACCAUCAUAUAUUCACAUCCUCUUUGGAACUCGGGACUUUCUAUGUGAAAAUGGAAUGUCGUCAAACUGUAGAAACAUGUUUUAUCAUUGUCUUCAACUCUUUGGUUUUUAUCCUCUGCAUCAUCUCUUGGGCUUUAAUAAUACCAUGGUUUGGUUUAACAUAACAUCGACAUACCCAUGUCAAACAUCCGUAGACCGCAGUACCUGUGAAUUAAAUCAAAUGAAUACAGAUAUCACCUAUAAUUUCUUUGUUAAAUGAAAUUUAAAAUUUAAAGAAUUUAGCUUCAAAUUAAAAAGAAUUUUCACUGUAGGUGCACUAAGAAUCAUUUGUAAUAUAAUUGUUAUUAUGAAUCUAGAUAAUACCCACCCCAUUCCCAAAUUGGGAAAAAGUAAUUGUUAGUUGCAAAGUAUAAGUGUAGUUCGAAUUCAAACUUGUGAACUUCGAAGUAUAAAACAAUUUCUUCAUGACGGAAAACCAUAGAUCUAUAGCACACCCUCAGUAAAUGCACUAUUUCGGUAUUUUACAUUUAAAUUAGCUGUCUUUAUAUAACUCCACACAACCAAUAUAUUCCCAAAAUUCCACUGAAUUGUAUUUCACAGCCGCUAUGUAAGUUUUUACUGCUGCUAUUCUAGUGUUUCAUAGCCGCUAUGCCAGAAACACUGCCGCUAUGCUAGUGUUUCACAGCCGCUAUGCUAGUAUUUCACAGCCGCUAUGCUGGUAUUUCACAGCCGCUAUGCUAGUAUUUCACAGCCGCUAUGCUGGUGUUUCACAGCCGCUAUGUUAGUAUUUCACAGCCGCUAUGCCAGUGUUUCACAGCCGCUAUGCUAGUAUUUCACAGCCGCUAUGCUGGUAUUUCACAGCCGCUAUGCUAGUGUUUCACAGCCGCUAUGUUAGUAUUUCACAGCCGCUAUGCUGGUAUUUCACAGCCGCUGUUAGUAUUUCACAGCCGCUAUGCUAGUAUUUCACGGCCACUAUGCUAGUAUUUCACAGCCGCUAUGCUAGUGUUUGACAGCCGCUAUGCUAGUAUUUCACAGCCGCUAUAUUAGUAUUUCACAGCUGUUAUGUUUGUAUUUUACAGCCGCUAUGUUAGUUUUUCACAACUGCUAUGUUAGUAUUUCACAGCCGCUAUGCUAGUGUUCUACAGCCGCUAUGCUAGUAUUUCACAGUCGCUAUGCUAAACACAUUGACCUUGGAAUAUAAACGUUAAACUCCCAGUGAAUAUACCCCCUAUAAGGAAUACAAAAUAAAGAGUUGGGCAAACAUGGACCCCUGGAUAUACCAGAGGUGGAAUCGGGUGUUUUCGGGGGAGUGUACUGUGGAAUCAUUAGAAUUCGUGGUGGCUCAAUUUUCGUGGAAUUCGUCGGUACCUCUCAUCCACGAAUUUACAUCCUCAACGAAUAAAGACAACUAUUAUUUUUUAAAGUUAUCUUUCUUACAAAUAUAUAAAUCCACGAAAUUACGUCCCCACAAACCCGUAAAAUUUCAGUAAUCCACGAAAAUUGAUCCCCACGAAUUUAAAUGAUUCUACAGUAGUUGGAAAAAUCUGUCUUCAAUACUACUUGCGUGUCGCAAGAGGCGAUUGAAUGGGGCGGUCCUUCGGGUGACACUGCAUAAACCGAGGCUUCUUGUCACAGCAUGCGUGGCACGAUAAAGGUCCCUUCCUGCAUAAAGGCCCUAAGCGCCGAGCAUAGGCCUUAAUUGUGCAACUUGUGAGUGAGAGAUUCUCGGAAGGGACGUUAAAGUAUAUAUUAUCAACCAUCCAUCCCAUUGACUGGUAUAUUAAAUGUGUCUAAAAUUGAAGCAUGAUUUUGAAGAAUGUCAUCUUUGGAAAGAACAGUUGGAGUAUAAGUACUAUUUUGGUCUGGACAUUCUGUCAGGUCGGGUGAGGCGAUAGUGGAUCCAAAUACAAAUGUUGACGAGAUUUGUCCUAAGAGGUGAGGACAGGUGUGAGAGUGAUUGAGAUGGGUAAUAGUCGUUUCCACUGAGAUGGAUUUAUAGUCUACUCACCUUUAAUAGUUUUUAAUUAUAACCCCCAUCAUUUCUUAGGUCCAGUGUGCGUAGUUCUAUAUGUUGCUUCUGUCCUCGUUAUCUAUGCAGCUUUUUAUGUGCUGUUUGUCUAUGGCUUAGUGAAAUCUUUCUCUUUUCUAUUUUAUUUUCUUGGUGAUAUUUGCCUUGUUGAGUGUAGUAUUAGGAUGAGGUUUAAAAUUUUAUGUUUAUUUAUAUCAACCAUUAUUGAUUCAUAAUAAUGUUUAAAUCAUAUACACCCAUUCUCAAUAUAAGAGCUCAAACACCAAAAUGAUUUGUUAAUAAUAAAAGUUAAAGAUAUUAAUAUUACUAUUAUGUAUAAUGAAAAUAAAAUGUAUAUAGAUUUUGUCUCAUAUUUUCUUUUUAUCAAAUCUAAAUACAUGAAAUAAUGACAAAGUGUUAAAAAAGAGGAUAAUUUCAUUUAAAAUAUGCACGAAAAAUGUACGUUACCGUCGCUGUAUCAUCAAAAUAGGUCUGUAAUUAAGAGUGUUAUUGAAGAAAAUUAUAAUUUUGGAGUUGUGUUUUAACACCAAUGAAUAUACACCAACCUAGUUUAACAAAAUGAUCUUUCUGAAUGUAAGCGUUCAAAUAUUUCCGCACUCUUAAAAUAAUGGUGAAUUUUCGUUCAGAUAAAAAGAAAUAUUUUAUUGAUAUAAUACUUUUAUCGGUUCUUCUCAUUGUGUUUGUACCGAUCAGUUUGGAAUACACCUGUCUUUUUUUAAAUUGUGAGUGUUUAACGUCUACACAGUUAGCUCUUCUUUUGUCAUCAUUAACAAAUUUUACAUAUAGUUUGGCAAUUUAGAUGCCUGAUAUAAAUGUAAAGUACAUUUCAUGAUUAUUGUCAGUAAGAAAAACUCAAAGCAUCAUUAAUUUUUGUUUCAGUAUAUUUGUAAACACUAUUUCAAUGAAAGGAAACGUGUUCAAAACUACCGCAAACCCAAAAGAAUAUACUUAAAAUGUGAAAUGCGAUUUGGUAACGUACAUUUCCAACUUUCAAUAACACACAAAUAAACGUCACGAAAUCAACUGUAAAGAAAUAAAAAUCAGUUUGAAGAAAUGUUUCCAGACAGUAUUAAGAAAUUAUAACGUUGAUAGUAAUAUUUUGGUGGUUUUUCCUUUUUUAAAAUUGCAUGUUUGGUAAUGUACAUUUCGAAGAUUUUAACGAAGAAAGUUCAAACACGUGUGGACAUUGCAUAUGGAAACACGAUUUUCACUAUCAGUACAAGAAGACAAUAAUUUUUUUUCUUCCAAAUAUAGAUUUAAAAGUUGCAGAGAUUUUCAGUUAAGAAUUUGAAAACAAAUUGAUAAACUUAAGAAUCAUUGUUUCAUUUAAUGAGACAGAGAGUAUAUCAACGUUUAGCCUAAACUUUAGGUAAGACACAAUUAGCAUAUCAAUGUACCUACAGGAAACGACUAGUCGGGUCUCUAAUCUUUGCGAUUAUUAAAAAAUUGGGCGAAAAUAGAAUAUACGACAGGUACAUUAUACGAGAUAAAUCAUUUAUUAUCACAAGGACGGAAAGAAACAAUGAGCAAUGCCAUCUAUACGAUAUUUUGGUUUGUUUUAUCAGGACAUUUUAACCUAAUAUUCAUAAACGGGGAUUUUGUAGACAUGAUCAAGACGUAAAGUAUUACUCGGAGACAGUAACGUACAUUUCAAAUACGCUACUAUUUCCUAAUUUGAAACCAGUUAAAUAUCCUUCCAAACCAAUCCUAUUGUAUUUUCUUUUUUAAUCAUAUAAACAUAUUCAUAAUGUUGAUGAAAAUAUAGCACGGAGGUUAAUUCUCUUAGAUAAUAAUGGAGCGACAUUGUUUGAUCCCUUAUAUUGAGAAUGGGUGAAAUAUUAAAUUCUUAAUACUAUUUAUCUAGUUUCUAAUAUAAGAUAUUUUGUGCUUUAUAAUGUUGCAAGUUUGUUUGAAUUUUACUGUUGUUUUUUAUGUGAAUUUUACUGUGGUUUUUUUUUUUAAUGUGAAUUUUACUGUUGUUUUUUUAAUGUGAAUUUUACUGUUGUUUUUUAUGUAAUUUUACUGUUGUUCUUAUGUGAAUUUUACUGUUGUUUUUUUUUAAUGUGAAUUUUACUGUUGUUUUUUUAAUGUGAAUUUUAUUGUUGUUUUUUAUGUAAUUUUAUUGUUGUUUUUUAUGUGAAUUUUACUGUUGUUUUUUAUGUGAAUUUUACUGUUGUUUUUUAAUGUGAAUUUUAUUGUUGUUUUUUAUGUGAAUUUUACUGUUGUUUUUUAUGUUAAUUUUACUGUUGUUUUUUUAAUGUGAAUUUUAUUGUUGUUUUUUAUGUAAUUUUAUUGUUGUUUUUUAUGUAAUUUUAUUGUUGUUUUUUAUGUGAAUUUUACUGUUGUUUUUUAUGUGAAUUUUACUGUUGUUUUUUAAUGUGAAUUUUAUUGUUGUUUUUUAUGUGAAUUUUACUGUUGUUUUUUAUGUUAAUUUUACUGUUGUUUUUUAUGUGAAUUCUACUGUUGUUUUUUAUGUGAAUUUUACUGUUGUUUUUAAUGUUAAUUUACCUGUUGUUUUUUUAUGUGAAUUUUACUGUUGUUUUUUAUGUGAAUUUACCUGUGUUUUUUUUAUGUGAAUUUUACUGUUGUUUUUUAUGUGAAUUUUACUGUUGUUUUUAAUGUUAAUUUACCUGUUGUUUUUUUAUGUGAAUUUUACUGUUGUUUUUUAUGUUAAUUUACCUGUUGUUUUUUAUGUGAAUUUUACUGUUGUUUUUUAUGUGAAUUUUACUGUUGCUUUUUAUGUGAAUUUUACUGUUGUUUUUUUAUGUGACAUCCACUUUUGCUUGUACUGAUUUAUUUCCUCCUCUAAAUCUUAUGCCUUCUUAUCUGUAUAUUCUUUCAUGAAAUAUGUUAUUUAUUUGUGUUCUUUGUCAAUUUGUGUACGGCUUCUUGUUUUCAUAUAUGAAAUAGUGGUGGGUCUUAUGUAAAUAAGUAGUUGUGUUCAAACUUUUUUUAUAUUGUCUUAGGACGUUCAUUUAAAAAAUAAAUAAGUGAGCCUAUUUUGUACGAUAACAUGGUUCAGUCAAAUAUGUUCUUCCGUAGCUCAGGGCGAGAUGUGUAUCGAUUUACGAAAUUUCGCAACACUGUCAUCACAUGUUAUGCUGUAGAACUUGCACUGGAAUAAUGAAAUGUGUCUGCAUGCAGUGAACAUACACCAAUAUGGCAGAAAUCCAGUUUGCCCAAGACAUCAUACGAUGCGACAUUUGUCCAACUGAUGUGGAGAAAGAAGCGGCGGAAAUUUUCUGCAAGACCUGUAAGAAACACCUCUGUCAAUCAUGCGUUGGCAAACACGUGUUGUCAUCAAAGAUGGAUCACAUUGUUGUGAAGUUUCUGGAACACAUACGAGUUAGGACUUUAAUAUCUCCGACUGUAAUUCGAACGAUAGACAGUGGGUAUGCUCCUUUGUUAAGAGUAGUAAAGUCGCGUGAUGACUUUUUGUGGACCUCUGCAGACAUGAAUACAAUGAAGAAACUGGACUUAAAUGGAAUUGUCAUAGAAACAUUCAGUAGCGGAUCAAUCUAUUCUCCUUUUGAUAUCGCUUUGAAUAAAAUGGGGGCGCUGAUAUUCACUGUGUCUGCAAAGUACGUAUUAAAUGUUGUGAGGGAUCAUAAAGCCGAUACAUUAAUCUCACUGACUGGAGGAUGGAUACCCCGAGGUCUUUGUAGUACAGCAAAAGACGAAAUACUUGUUUCCAUGUACAAAAAGGGCCAACCAGACAAAGUUGUUCGCUAUUCCGGGGUCACAAUUGUUCAGGAAAUCUGGCGAGAUUCAUAUGGCCAUUUUCUCUUUCGGGACGCCUCUUACUUUUGCGAAAAUGCAAAUUCGGAUAUUUGCGUGAGUGAUGCCGACGGUCACUGCGUUGUUGUUCUUAAUAGCUCGGGAAUCUCCCGAUAUAAGUACAGUGGGGGUCCACAUUCUCCGUUUGAUCCCGAGUACCUUGUUUGCGAUAGACACUGUCACAUUCUGAUCGCCGAUAGAACUAAACACUGUAUUCAUAUUACAGAUAAAGAUGGGAAAUUUCUGUUACUUGUUGAUAGACACCUUAUUCGGUCACCGGUAGGAAUCUGCGUGGACGAAAAUGACAUUUUGUAUGUGGCUGAGCGAAAGUCUGGAAAAAUCAAAAUGAUUAGAUAUAUGAAUGAUUAACGUCCAGUGUUUGUCGUUUUCUGAAGCGAAAAGAGGAAGGGAAUUUCUUUGGAGUUAUUUUGUUUUUGCUGGAUGUUGAUUUAAUGUAUGUUUUAAUUCUAAAUUUAAUCAUUUCAGAAUGCAUUUAGUUGUAUCUUUGAGGACAUUUGAUCCAUUACAUUCAUUUUCACUGAAACUCUUGUGCAGUUUUUUCCCCCAUACUUCUGAUAGCCUUUUCCGUCCUUCACCAUCAUACCUUCACAUCUUUGGAACUCAAGGAUUUUCUCUGCUUUGCCAUUGUCUUCAAUUCUUGUGAUUUUAUCAUCUUUAUCAUGAACAUUACAUCAACAUACCCAUGUCAAGUAUCCACAGAACAUGGGGAUAAAAUCACACCAAUGCAGAUAUCACGUAGGCUUUCUUUGUUAAAUGAAAUCUAAAUAAAAUUUGAAGAAUUUUAUUGAUUUCAACUUAAAAUGAAUUUUUAAUGUUAAGCAUAUCAGUGAUCAUUUUUUAUAUUGUUAUUAUGAAACUUAAUAAAAAUCAUGGUCAGUUACAAAGUAUUAGUGUAGUUCAAAUUCUAUCUUGUGAACCUCAAAGUAUAAAAAAUUUCUUCAUGACGGAGAGUCAUAGAUGUAUAGCACACCUUCAGUUAAUGCACUAUUCCGGUUUUCAACAUUUAAAGCAUCUCUCUUUAUAUAGCUCCAUACAACCAACAUAUUCCCAAAAUUCCUCUAAAUUGUAUUUCAUAGCCACUAUGCUGGUAUUUCACAGUUGCUAUGCUAAACACUUUGACCUUGGAAUAUAAACGUUAAACUUCCAAUGUAUAUAUCUCAUAUCAGUCACGGACAAGACGCCAUGAACCACAUUCCUCAGUUUAGUAAAUACAUGUACAUGUCAGCAUGUGAAUUCAAGUCCCAUUGUAGCACCAUCAUUAAACCUGGGGUCAUUGUGUAUAAAAGGCUGUUUACAUAAACUCUAGCAAUCUGUGUUCAAACAGCUUAAAAGGAAAAUUACAAUUUUAUGUCAUCCCGUGGGAUCCGGGUUAGAAUAGGUCCUCCGUACCCUUGCUUGACGUAAGAGGCGACUAAAUGGGACGGUCCUUCGGAUGAGACCGCAAAAACGAAGGCCCUGUUUCAAAGCAGAUGUGGCAUGAUAAAGAUACCUCUUUGCUCAAAAGCCGUAAGCUUCGAGCAUAGACUUAAAAUUUGCAGCUCUUCGCCAACAAUGGUCACGUACGAAAUCUUAUUAGGAUCAAGUUACGGGGGGAUAGAUAGAAAGGCGUUAUAAUGCAAAAAGGCGUAAUAACGCAGAGUGAAAAGGCGUUAUAACGCGAAAAAAAGGCGUAUAUCACCAAAAAAGAAAUGAAUUAUUUCCACCUUCAUUAUCUUUUAUCCAACAUAUAGAAUAUGAGAGGCCCACAGGUUACAUGUUGGGUACAAAACCCAAGAAGGACUUAUUAUGCUACAUGAAUUAUGAAACACAUAGUCUCCAUGUUGUGCCCAAGUUCGGUUGUGAUUCCCAGAUUAUGUUCAACACCUUGAUUGAAUUGGGAAAAACAAACUGUAACGUUUACACAUUUAUUCUAGCAUAAGUAAAUAUAGAUUUAGAAUAGUUGAUAACAAAUAAUAAGUUUUCCAAUAAAAAUGAACGAAUAUAACCAGAGAGAAAUGUAAAAUUAUUCCACUACAAAUUAUCAGAUAUACCAAAAAAUAUGUAACGAAAUAAAAAAGAGAAAUCUAAAAAUAGGAUACUAACGAACUUUCAUACACUGAAAAUCAUAGUGUUACUGCACCAGCGGGCUCCACACACCUCAAAGUUAAUACAGUUCAGUGUUACUGCACCAGCGGGCUCCACACACCUCAAAGUAAUACAGUUCAGUGUUACUGCACCAGCGGGCUCCAAACACCUCAAAGUAAUACAGUUUAGUGUUACUGCACCAGCGGGCUCCACACACUUCAAAGUAAUACAGUUCAAGGCUAAAUAUAAAUGUCGAGAGAGCCUGAAUGAAAGGCGAAGAUAACGAAUAGUGAUUUAUCUCAUAACCGCCAUAAGCAACACAAAAUAGAGUUGGGCAAACACGGACCCCUGGAUAUACCAGAGGUGACAUCAGGUGCCUAGGAGGAGUAAGCAUCCCCUGUCGACCGGUCACACCCACCGUGAGUCCUAUAUCUUGAUCAGGUAAACGGGUUAUCCGUAGUCAAAAUCAGUUUGCCAAAAACGACCUAACAAUCGGCAUGAAACACUUCAGACAUCAUUUGACCCAAUGAUAGGUUGUAUUGGCAAACUAGAUCGUUAUAACGACCAUAGAAUUUGCGAAAUGAAGCAGAUUAGAGUUAUUUAAAAACUAAUUUGUACCUGAUUCGAUAAAAGAUUAGAAUUUAUUAAAUGUAGAAGCCAGAGAAGCCAUUUAAACCAAUUCAUUCUGCAUGACAGAAAUCACAAGUCCACCAACAUAUUUUGGGGGAAACGAUUCAUCAGUAUUAUUCAUACAAAGCUAGGGCACAACUGUAUACUUCAUUAUGAUCUUUAUAAACGAAAUAUUACAAAUUUUCCAUUUUGUUCAUGUGGACAUUAAAGCUUGAAAUGAUCGUUUGAAUAGCCUUUUUGUGCUUAACUUGGUCAAUAUUGAUACAAAACUGUUAUUGUGCAGUUAUGUUAAUUUGUCUUUCCAGACUAAUAUAAAUAUUUUUCAGCUGUUCAAAAAUUUAUAGAUGAAACAUUUUACCUGUUAAUCAUUACCUUGCAUGGCAUAUGGUAAUAUUUUAGAAGAGGCGCUGGUAAGUUGUCAGAAUUUGUUCCCAAUCCUUUUGAGUUGAUCAAUAAAAUAUGGUCGAAACAAAACAUUGAUAUAUAUUAUAGACUCUAUUAACCUUUAAUAUUUUUCAAUUUUAAUCGCCACGCCCCUUUGUUUGUAUUUCCUGCAGCGUGUACGGCUUCUUGCAUUGCUGUAUACUUUAGUGUUGGGUCUUAUGUGAAUAGGUAGUUGAGUUCUUGACGGUUUAUAUUGUCUUAGGACGCUCAUUUUAAAACUACGUAAGCCAGCCUAUCUAUUUUGUACCAUAACAUGGUUCAGUCAGAUAUGUUCUUCCGUAGGUUAAGUGGACAGGUAGACGGUUUAUGGAAUUUGGGACAUCUUGUAACGCUGUCAUAAGAAGUUUUGCUGUAGAACGUGCACUGGAAUAAUGAAAUGUGUCUGCAUGCAGUGAACAUAUACCAAUAUGGCAGAAAUCCAGUUUGCCCAAGACAUCAUACGAUGCGACAUUUGUCCAACUGAUGUGGAGAAAGAAGCGGCGGAAAUUUUCUGCAAGAGCUGUAAGAAACACCUCUGUCAAUCAUGCGUUGGCAAACACGUGUUGUCAUCAAAGAUGGAUCACAUUGUUGUGAAGUUUCUGGAACACAUAAGAGUUAGGACUUUAAUAUCUCCGACUGUAAUUCGAACGGUAGACAGUGGGUAUAUUCCUUUAUCAAGAGUAGUAAAGUCACGCGACGAAUAUAUGUGGACCUCUGCAGACAUGAAUACAAUGAAGAAAUUGGACUUAAAUGGAAUUGUCAUAGAAACAAUCAGUAGCGGAUCGAUUCAUUCCCCUUUUGAUAUCGCUUUGAAUAAAAUGGGGGAGCUGAUGUUUACUGUUUCAGCGGCAAAGGUAUUAAAUGUUAUCAGGGGUCAAAAAGCAGAGACAUUGAUUACAGUAACUGGAGGAUGGACACCCCGAGGUCUUUGUAGUACAGCAAAAGACGAAAUACUUGUUUCCAUGUUCAAAGCUGGGGAAGCAGACAAAAUUGUUCGCUAUUCCGGAGUCACAAUUAUUCAGGAAAUCUGGCGUGAUUCAAAUGGCCAUUUCCUCUUUCGAGACGCCUCUUACGUUUGCGAAAAUGCAAAUUCGGAUAUUUGCGUGAGUGAUGCCGACUCUCACUGUGUUAUUGUCGUCAAUAGUUCGGGAAUCCCCAGAUAUAAGUACACUGGGGGUCCACAAUCCCAGUUUGAGCCCGGACACCUUGCCUGCGAUAGAUACUGUCACAUUCUGAUCGCCGAUAGAACUAAGCACUGUAUUCAUAUUACAGAUAAAGAUGGGAAAUUUAUGUUGCUUGUUGACAGACUCCUUAUUCAGGCACCAGUUGGAAUUUUCAUAGACGAUAACGAUAUGAUGUAUGUGGCUGAACGAAAGUCUGGAAAAAUCAAAAUGAUUAGAUAUAUGAAUGAUUAACAUCAACUGUUUAUUGUUGACUUUUUGGAUGUAAGGCUACAAGAAUUGAUUUUUUUGUGGCACUUUUUUGUUUUUUAGGAUGUUGAUUUAUACCCAAUUUAUAUGAAUACAUGAAAAUGCUUUCAGUCCUAUCUUUGAGAAAAUUUAACAUCUGUUUUACCACUGUAAGCGCAGUGUUUGGAGUCUGAAAUGUGUGUAUAUUUUGUUCCAUUUUAUAAAUGAUGAUUUCGAAAAUCUUUCAUAUAGACAAUCAAAUCUAAACAAUAAAAUAUAUCUUCUAGAAUAUUACCUUAAAGACAAACGAAAAAGAUUAUCUAAGAACAGUCACUUGCAACAUUGAAAUAUUAAUUUAGGUUUGAUGUAGUAAGUGGAUUGGAAUGUGAAAAUUUGGGUGGUUUAUUUUGUUUCUUGUCUAUUUUUGUGUUUUCCUUUUCUUUCUAUUUUUUGGUCGUCGGUAUUUUUGUUUACACCCUCUAUUCAUUCCUCCGAAAAUAGGAAAGUUUGUCAUCAAAUUAUAGAAGCACAUCAAAUUCAGGAGUAAACUAGUUCUAAUUGUAACGGGGACCGUUACAGAUGUUCCCCAAACCUCCCCCAAUUAAAAAGUGAUGUCCUUGUGAAUCUAUAGGAAAAAAUCAUUUUAUUUUAGCCUUUAAUUACAUGUAGUACGUUCAAUAUGGUCAUUUCAGUACCAAGAAAUGAAAGAAAGCGUUGCACGUGCAUACACGCGCACGCGUGUAUGAUUCCGAAUUUUUGUUGAUGUCGUUCAACAGGCAUUUGUAUCAUAUACCCACAGGAUGAAUUUCAUAACGUUUCUAACAAAUAUAAGGAAGUUAUAGCGAUUUUAAAAUCGUCCAAUCAGAAAUCAGAACACGUGCAUGCACGUGAUGAGCAGUAAUUCUAACCACAGCAAUUUGUAAGGAGUACCAAGACACAUCAAAACCCCUAAUAUCAAUAGAAUUUGAAGAAAAACAAAAACGUUGUCGUCCUUUAAAAAUUGAACAUUUAAAAAACGUUGCACGCGCAUGCACGUGUGCGUUGGCAUUUUUUUGUUACACCAAUAUGUCGAUACACAUAGUGUCUACCUAUGCUGUGAAUAUCAUCUCAUUCGCUUCAUAAAUAAGAUAGUUACAAACGUUUGAGUAUUAUCCAAUCAAAAUGAAGCGCACGUGCAUGCGCGUGCAAAUUGGUAAUUUUGACCAUGCAAAUCAGUUAAGGGUCUCAAUAUCUACCUACGAUAUAAAUUUCAAGCCAUUUCAAUGAACAACAAAAAAGUUAGACUGAUUCCAAAGUUAGUGUACAAAUUUUGUAAUGCGCGUGCACGCGCAUGCGUGCGCGUGCUGACAAAAUAACUAUUAUUUUUCAUAUGUACAAAUGAUAUACUAUCAUCCUAUUUAGGUUUUAUAAUGAUUCCUUCAAUAUUCUGAUUUUCCAUUUUUUGUACCAAAAUUGCAAUGCACGUGCGCGCGCGUGCAUGCACGUGCAGACAAAAUGACUAUCACUAUGCACAUCUACAAACGCUAUACUAUCAUCCUGGAAAGUUUCAUAUCGAUCCCUUUUGUAGUUUCUGAGAACACUACCGGACAAAAAAGUACCGGAGAAAAAGAAUAAUAAGAAUAAGAAACAGAGUAAAAACAAUAUGUUCCCAAACUUUGUUUGGGGAACAUAAAUAUAGUUAUUUGAAGUGCAGGCAGUGGUAGGUAUCAACCAUCCACUCAGCUGGGCUUGAUUUUAGCCGUGCAAAUGCAUUUGUGCAAUAUAUUUGAUCCAUUAUUUUCACCGAAACACUUUUACAGUUUCUAUGCAUCUGAUAGCCCUUUGCUUCCACCAUAAUAUUUUCACAUUUUCUUUCCAGCUCAGGGACUACAUCUGUUUUAUCAUUAUUAUAGAUUGUUGGAUUUUUAUCAUCUCUUGUGCAUUUUAGGAUUGAUAUUGUCAUAGUGUGCUUUAAAACCACAAUAAAGUACCCGCAGAACUUCUGAAUAAAAUUAUAUGAAUAUCGAUA